AUGAAACCAUUACAUUUAAUGUCGAGGAGGCAUUAUAACAGAACAGUUUCAAGUAUUUAUCAUAAGGAAGGUUCCUCUAUCAAUUUACCACAGUCAAUUUUAGCUCCGAAUAUGGCAGCUUUAGUGAAAUUUGUCUGUACUGAAGAAACUCCAUCAUCAAAUGAAACAUUAAAUAAUAAUAAUUUUAAUUUAGAUCUACAACCAGGAAAGUUGGACAUUUUUACUAAUGAUAAUAAUACUUGUAGUAAUGAAUAUGUGACAUAUAAUGUUCAUGGUCUUAUACAUAUAGCUAAUUUUGUUAAGAUUCAUGAUCCACUUGACAAGUUUAGUGCAUUUAAAUUUGAAAACUUUUUACAAAUCAUUAAAAAAACUGUUCACAGUUCUAAAUACCCUCUUCAAGACGUAUACAACCGAAUUCUUGAACAAAAUAUCUAUUUAGAAACUAACAUUAAAUAUCAGUUACUUAAAAAAGAAAUUGAUUUUAACUAUUCAAUUCACCGAGAUAUAACAUCCACAUUGUAUGAACAUGUUUUACUAAAAAACUUCAAAGUUAGUUCUACUAAAGAACGUGAUAAGUAUUUUUUUUUGUUUAAUUGCUGUGCUAUUGUUUCUAUUGAUAAAAUAAUUAAAAACUCUUCUGGUCAAAUAAUUCUUGAGGUUACUAAAUAUGAAAAUUUAUCUCCUAUGUUUAAUUGGACAUUUUCUGGUAAAUACAGAAAUUAA